AUGUCUCCAUCCUUCUCUACACAAUCACCAUGUUCAGAAGCAACUAUUUACUAUGGACUGUCGGCACAAUAUCAAGAUCAAUAUGAAUACCUUCGAAGCAUGAAGAAGUAUAAUUUAGAGAUGCAAUGCCCAAAACUCAAGGCUAAUGAUCGGUUAAAUUUUCACGUCAAUGUUGUUUCUCAUUCUCUUGAUUCUAAUUCAGUUACACACCUUAACACAUUACUCCAUAAUUAUCAAGAAGUGAGUUGCAAAAGAUUCAUUCAAGAAGGUGAAGAUUGGAUUCAUUCUAUCUUGUUUUAUCCAAACUUUUCAUCUAAAACUCUUGAGGGACUAGCAAAGAAGAUUCUGCAUGAAGUUUAUGAAUUGUUCGAUUUCAAUCAAGUGUUUGAUUCUGAUCUUGGUAAUGGAGUUGGAGAUUGUGUUUCCCAUCUGUUCACUUUGCAUCUUAGAAUUGUCGUGGAGAAAUAG